UGGGAGGUUCUGAUACUACAGGUGAAGGAUCUUUGGAUAGGCUAAGGGGCAGAGGUAGACUGCUUUCUGCAAAUGGGCUCAAUAGAAAAAAUUAUAUGCACCCGCGAAAACUGUCUGACAAUACUUAUGAAAUUGAGCGUCUGAAAAACACGAUAGUCUUAUCUCCAGUAGAGAAUGCUCGAGAACAUGCUCCUUUAUUUAGGAAAACAAGAAUAGAGAGAAGCAGAAAUUCUCUUGGAGAGCAAGACAAGGAUAAAGGAAAAGCUCCUUGCUCUAAGUUACCUUCUAAAUCAUCUGGAUUCCCUGAAGAUCAUGCCAUCCUAGAUUUAACUGAACAGAAAACACACAACCAUGUAAAUGAAAUGGAAUCUCUCCAAAGUGGAUCUGAAAACUUCUUAGCUGAAGGAAGAAAAGGUCAGGCACCGAGAAAUGGUGGCUUUUAUGCAUUUAACUCUUCAAGAUUUUCUGAAACAUCCGGAAAUAGCUGCAAGGGAAAGGAAAAGGUAGAUGAUAUUGGACUUAAAAGUAUAGAUUCAGUUAUGAGUAAUGGAAAAGGGGUAAGUCUUUCUAAUGGUUCCCCUCUUAGAAUGGAAAAACAAUUGCCUGCAUCUCAUCAAUCAAUUGCCUCACCAAGAACUGUUGGGAAAAGAAGAUUGGUCCGAAAUGGCUGUAUCUCCCCCCAUAACAUAGCCAUCAGGGCUAAACAAAAUGAGCAAUCCCAAAGCAACUUUACACCCGAACAAAAUUUUGUGAAUGUGGAUUGCAGCAGUCCUUGUUUGAUUAGCGAGAUAGUUGCUGAAGAUAAUGAUAAUAAUGGUAAAGGAAAAAGAGUUUCCCAUCCUCAUGCAUCUAAGGAGCAUGAUAUCAAUUUUAUUAAUUUAUCUGGCAGUCCUAUGAGUAAUAAUGGAGAAGCUGAUGGUAUUGGUGAUGCGAAUAGAGAUGCAUGCUUUGAAGAAAAAGGUGGAUGGAGAAGCACUCGCAACCGUUCAAAGAAUGUAGAUCAUGCAGCUGAACAUCAGUUAAGUGGGUUUAAUAGUGUUGGAUGUCAAGUGAGUCAACAAAAUGAAAAUGGAUUUGUGAAAAGAAAUCAUGCUAGUGAAGGAAAGAUCAGGAUUCUAUGUGAUUCUCCUGAAACUCAUGCAACUGAGACAGCUCCUGUGAUCGCAAAAAUAAACCAACCAAGUGAACCUUCUAAUGCAAACAUGCUGCCUAAAAGGCAAAUCAAACAUGUAUUAUCUUCAAGAAAUAAUGGUGAAAGCUCAAGGGCCACUCCUAAUGACCCGGACAUUGUGUUUCUUUGUUCAUCUUUGGAAUCAUCUACUUCAAGGUCAUCUAGAAUUCAUAUUGCGGAACAUCCGGAUGUUAUGGAUCUUGACAACUCAUCUCGAAUGAGAGGGAUACAUGCCAAUCAUAUGGAUUCUAUGAAUGAUGAGGACACAGAAGCUAAUGCAAGACAAAUUGAAGCGGAUGAAAUGUUGGCCCGUGAACUCCAAGAACAAUUAUAUCAUGAGGUUGAUGAAAACAUUGCAUGGGCACUUCAGCAGGAGGAAGAUGCAUUCCUUCCUACACCUUUUCGGGCUCUCCAUGAGCCAGAUCAUCAAGGCUCAACAAGGCAAUCUCGUAUUCAGCCUCCAUCUCGGAAUUUUCAGAAUUCUUCAAAUAGGAGAGGAGUGCAGACUCAUUUCCCCACUUCUGCUAGAGUUUCAAGGUUGAGGAAUCGAAUUUUGAAUCAAACUCGAGCAGCACCAUCCAGGACAAGGAAUUUUCAAUUCCCUUUAGACAUGGACUUGGAUAUGAGACUCGACAUUUUGGAAGCCAUGGAGGCUGCACUGGGAGAUGCUGAUGACAUGGGUAUGGCUAGUCGUAUCUUCCAAGUUCAACGUGAUUUUAAUGAAAACGAUUACGAAAUGCUGUUGACCCUUGAUGAUAACAAUCAUCAGCAUGGCGGUGCAUCGGUUAACCAGAUUAACUGUUUGCCACUGUCCAAAGUACAGACUGAUAAUUACGAAUCUUGCGCUGUAUGUCUUGAAACCCCUGCCAUUGGAGAAACUAUUCGCCAUCUUCCUUGUCUGCAUAAAUUUCAUAAGGACUGUAUCGAUCCAUGGCUGAUGAGGAAAACGUCAUGCCCGGUUUGCAAGUCAUCUAUCGCUUGAACGGGAAUGUUCCGGCACAAUAUUGAUGAAAGCAAAAGGUCUCUUAAGUCAACAUGCUUUGGAGGUAGGUAUAAUUCUUCUCAAUAAACUCAUAAAACUUCCUCCCAACUCCAUUCGAGCCCUGAAGAAAAUUU